AUGGAAGACCACUAUAUUCGUGGAGAACUUUUUAUGGAAUUCUGUCGUGAUGCCUGUAAAGAGUCAAGAGAAGAAAGUUCCAAUCUCUGUUCUUGGUGUUCUAACAAUAGAUGGGUCGGUCCAGAAACGGAAAGAAUUCCGCAACCUGUACCAGACUCAAACAAUCCUGGACAUUUCAUGGAUAUCUAUCAGACGGAAUCGACGGGCAGGACACCAGAUGAUUACCUUCCAAGAAAAUGUAUUAAAUAUCUGUACGAAGAACAUUCUGACAGUAUCAGAAACGAUCAGGAUACCAUGAAGAGCUCCUGCUCAAAAUAUAAUGUGGAAGAGAAGCACGUCAUUGCAUAUGUUAAUCAUUUGAAGGAUAUUGAGAUCCGAAAGGACAUGAGAACAAGAGCAGCUGAGGAGCGAAGAAGGCAAGAGGCCGAACGAACGUACAAGGACUUUCAAUGGGAUAACCUCAUCGAGGGUGGCAAAGUUGAAAAGUUGCGGGUAAGAGAACUAGACCUGUAUCUCAACAAGCAUGGUUUGACGACUGUGGGUCGGAAACUUGACAAAGUUAAGGCCAUU